AUGGUUAUAGGAAAUCACAAGAUUCAUCGGGUCUUGGUGGAUAAUGGUAGUUCAGCGGACAUCUUAUAUAAAUCGGCCUUCGACUUGAUGAAAAUAAGUAAGGAUAAGCUCUCUGCUUUCAGAUUUCCUCUGGUGGGGUUCGCAGGAGAACAAGUGAUGCCACUGGGGUCGAUCGAGCUUCAAGUUACGGUGGGUAGUCCCCCAACACAGAAGACAAUUCCGAUAAGAUUUCUUAUUGUCGAUCAACCCUCCGCUUACAACGCUAUAUUCGGGAGGAUAGCUCAGGCUGAGUUGAAAGCGGUCACAUCGAUACCCCAUCUUAAAAUGAAAUUUCCAACGGAUGACGGAGUAGGAGAAGUCCGAGGGGAGCAAAAGGCAGCCCGCAAGUGUUACAAUGUUUCCCUGGGGGGUCCCUCUCACCAAGCACACCCUAGUCAGGAGACAGGUCCUGUGGCUAAAUAG